CGUGAAUGACAGCUUUACAUUGAAAAAGUCUACUCAAACGUAAGCUCGUUUGACAUGACAUUUGUAUUUUUUUUAUCCUAUUGUUGUGAAAUGGUGAUUGCUUAUCAGUUAAUCUUUACGGAAUUUAGAAGAAAAUCGAUAAUUACAGUGGUUUUUAAUAUCAGAGACAGGUUGCUAGCAUAAUAUGGAUCAAGAAAUAGAACAAAUCUUCAUAAAGCCAGAUAUUGCUCAUUUGAAAGUUGAAGUUGAUUGCGAACAGGAAAGCAGUGGAAACCCGUACCAGCCUCCGGAACAUGUGUUCAACAUCAAGAGCGAAGAUGGAAGUAUAUUACCUUACGUAGACUCAACCAAUGAAAAUGAUAAAACAAACUCGGUAGAGGUAGUUGGUAAAGUAUACGAGAACGGAAAAAUAAACCGAUUGCAAUGUCCACAGUGUGAUAAUACUUUCAAAAACAGAGCCAACUUGAAGCAACAUCUCAAGUUUGUGCAUUCAUCCGAAGAUGAUAUUGUCGAAUGUGAUAAAUGUUACAGGACAUUCAAGUCUGUCGGUCAUUUACGCUCACACAUUCACUCUGUUCACGCUGAAGAAAAAGAAGUCAGCUGUGAACAUUGCGGUAAAGUUUUCUCAAACAAAAAACGUCUAAACAAUCAUAUUUUCUAUUCCCAUCCGGAACCGGAAGAAAGCGUCAAUUGCAGUGUAUGCUCCAAAUCUUUCAAGCGUAGAUACAAUUUGAAAAUACAUAUGAGACUUGUUCAUCCUUCAGAAGAAAGAUCCGUACAAUGUCCACAUUGCGACAAAAAGUUUAAAGUAGAUAUGUUACUACAGAGACAUAUAAAAUGGAGUCAUCCGCAAGACGGAAUGAUGUACCGCUGCCCCGAAUGCGGAAGAACAUUACCAUCUAUCGCUUGCUUUAAAAAACACAUGCAGAACGUACAUUCCGGCUCCCAAGAUGCUGUUUGCAAAAUCUGCUCCAAAGUUUUCAAAACAGUCAAAACUUUAAACAGACACGAGAGAAACAUUCAUGGAGGAGCGAAAGUUGAAGCGAAACCGUGCAAAGUAGGAGAUAUACCAUGUUCACAGUGCGAUAAAAAAUUUACUACCAAUACAGCUUUAUUUUGGCAUUUCGAGAGACAUCAUUCCGAGAAUAAAAGAAGUAACGCUUGCCAGAUUUGUAACAAAGAGUUAUCCGAUCAAGGGAGUUUGAAAAGACAUUUAGAAAUGGUGCAUUCCUUUGAUCCUGUCAACUGUCCUAUAUGCUCAAAAACUUUCAAAAGUCACAUGAAUCUACAGAGGCAUAUUAGAGUCACCCACGCUCCGCCAGAAGCGGCCCAGAAAUGCGACAUUUGUAACAAAACUUUUAAAUGCUCUAUGCAUUUACGGAUACACAUAAAUGCAGUUCACUCCACAGAAGGCAUCUUCACCUGUGAUAUUUGCAAUAAGGAAUUCUCCUCAAAGAAAUAUAUGUUGAAACACAAGAAAACUCAUGUAGACGUGAAACUGUUUCCAUGUGGAGUUUGCAGCAAAAUGUUUAAAUGUGUUAAUGAUGUUAAAAAGCAUACAAAACGUGUGCAUAUGAAGACACCAGUGAAAACGGAAAAUGUAGAACCUGAGAGUAAAGGAACUGAAAGGAAUCAAGAGGAAGCUAAUACAGAGGCACUGACUUGUUCAAAAUGUGGUGGUGAAUUUGAGAAUGAAACUGAGUUACAUUCUCAUAUUAUGAACUGUGGCGAGCUCCCAGCGGUGGCAUUUGUGAAGGUUGAAUUGGAAGAUUGGUAGCUUUCUACAAGAAAGUUGUAUAGUGGGACUUGUAAGGAUUUAUUAGGUUAAUGUUUACUUUCCAUGUUCUCAAAUGAAAUUACCGUGACUUUUGAGUAUUAGCUAUGUGCGCCACUAUGGGGCCUGCCCGGCUAUGGAACACAGUUAUUUGACAGAUGUCAAUUAUUAUGAAUUUAAUGUUUAUCCUUCAUAUACACAUUUCCAUGUUCUCAGUAAAAAGUGUCCGACGAAAAGCUGGCACGAAUGGAAUGAGCGAAACUAUCAUUGCAUUGCUAUUUAGUAUGGUGUGAUACACAGAUAUUUUCAUUCACACAUUCAUUCUAUUCUACUCGUGGCAGCUCUUGUAAAUCCACAUAUGCGAACUAGCGAACGGAAUCGCGAAUGCGUUUUAGCCUUUUGAACGACACGCCUUAAGUGCGCGCAGCGCGUCAUUGUGAACCUUGUUAGAAUGCACGAAGGUUGAUAUUUGGCUGUAGCCGAGCGCGUCUUUUGACGAUAUUGGCGGUCAAAUGGCGUUGUUGACUGGACGUGUUUAAAAACGAAAUGUCAAUAAAGGCUACUCUGGGCAGUGGGGAGACACUCCUGACUUCGGUCGAACUCGGCUCCGUUCGGCUCAGCAUUGCUCCGAGCAAUUAUUAGGGUUGACACCACUUGACUUCCUUUUGCGUGCACGACCACAGAUAAGAUAAUCACUUGAAUUUUGACAACCGUAAAUAGCCAAAAGGGAUAGUGCCAUAUAUUUGAAAGGUAUAGCAUGAUUCGACCCUGAACCGCUGUCAAACUUCGGGUUUGUAGGAAGUGUCCUUUCUGUACGGUAGUACUAUUAUUUCUUCUGUGCUCAGGCGGUCUAGCACGAGUUGCGUUC